AAAAAGGAUCAUUAAGGAACUGGUUUUUUUUAAAAAAAAACUUCAGGAUGGGUCAAACUUCAAGUAAGGGAGAGCAGUUUAGGUCAAAGAAGGUAUUGCCUCUAAGUGCAGACCUGUCAAACAUCUCGGGACAGCAGAAGAGAGGAGGGAAAGUGGCCCAGGCUUUCCAGCGAGCCAUGGCACUGCUUAAUAAUUACACAAGCAAAACCAAAGUGAAGCAGCUGAAAACCCCACAUCUUGAGCAGGACAUGGAGAGUAGCGGCCAUGCCAGCUUCUUUUCUACAGCAUCAGGUUUUCUGGAGCAGGGUGAGGAGGAUGCUUCUGAGAGCUCUUUGGAGAUAUGGUGCAGAAAGCCAGUCUCCGAGAACCAGGGCCAUGCCCAGUAUGAGACUGGAGGGGAAGAGCAUCCAUCUUUAGAGGACAGUGAGACUGACAAAGGACAGGUCUCAGGUCAGACUGAGACACAUCCUCUGGCACCAGUUUAUGAUGAAAAUGAUGCUACAAGCGGGCAGGCCUCAGGUUCGACUGGCACACCCAUAGUGGCCCCUACCCAUGAUGACAGGGAGACUGAAAGGUCUUAUCCUGCCUGGGAAGAGCAAGAUCCUCCAAAGGACAGACCAGUGGAGAUGGGGAUCCACCAGGCAUCAGUGGCCAAAUAUCCUGAAGGUUUGGCUGACAAUAAGGUUCUCUCUGAUAAGGAAUAA